GGGAGACAUUUUAAUCUUUUCAAACGAUGUGGUCAGCUCACGACUACCAGGAUAGCAUGGGGAAAUCGACUGCUUAUAACACUUAUAUCAAACGACGAUACGCUGACUUCAAAAGGAUUUCAACUCACGCUGAAAGUGUUAAGUGUUGUUACAACAUUGACAACAAGAACUACAUCAACACGAUCGACGACAACAAUGACAAGGACAACUGCAUCAACAGUCAAAACAACAGUCUCCAAGGCGCGUUCAACAAAAUCAACGUUAACAAAAAGAACAAUACCAACAUCAACGCUAUUGCCAUCAACAGUCGAACCUUUAAAAGCUUCCACAGCUGAAGUAUUGAUGUCAAAUACAACAACAACGACGAAUACAACGACACAAUCGACGACGUCAACAAUACCACCGACAACAAGCUUAAGGAAGAUGAUAACAACGACGCCGAUCGUGACAUCAACAACACUGCUGACAAAAUCAAGGACUUUACUAACAUCAACUGAAACUGCAUCAACAAUAAGAACAACAGAUGGAAAUGACCCAACUAUACAUUUAUCCCAAUCACCUCGGAAUUCGUAUUCGUCUCCAAUUACAACAGAAUCAAAUAAAGAAAGCACAACAAUUUGGUUGUCAUCAUCUCAAUCAGUGGAAAUGAAAAGCACAUUAUAUCAAAAAUCUACUACAAAAACACAAACACAGCCAAAACAAUCCUCGACUUCAGGAGCUAGAAACAUUACGACAACAAUGGAUACAGUUACUGAUACAACAACCUCUUCGAGCAUUUCCGGAAAUUCUUUGGAAAUGAAAACAGUAAUUUUGUUGAUAGGAUUGGGGGUUUUAGAGGUCACAUUGAUAGUUGUUGGAGUUCUUGCAGCCCAGAGAUAUCGACGGAAAAGAAAUUCCAACAAUUCAAGGCAUGCAAGUAAGAGAAUCGAUGACGAUGCAAAUACACUUAAGCGACAAAACAGCUUUGGCGAAACAAAUGUUUAUGACGAAAUUAACAUCGAUGAUGUCAAGGAAGAAAAAGAAGAAGAAAACCCGUAUAAGGAACUUCCAGAAGGUGUAUACGAUACAACCCUCAAGCGUCGGUCCUAUCUAAAAGUCGUCGGGGAACGAAAAUCAACCUAUUCAAGAGGGAGUAUUAUCAAUAUGUUUCGUACUUCUUCCUUUUUCAAAAGGAAGGUGAAUGAAACUUCCGUAAUGACAUUCUCAUCAUUUAAAGGUCCAAUACAAAGUCAAAUUGGUGAGAAAAGUAAUCAAUAAAAAAGAUGUUAUUUGUGUAA